AUGAGGGCGGCGCUGUUCGGGGCCGAGCGGAGCGGGGGAGUGGGCCUCGCCGGCGGGAAGGAUCUGUGCUACUGGCCGCCGGGGAAGCUGCUGGUGGAGCCCCGGUCGGUGCUCGACUGCUCGCGGAGGCUCAGCAGCCCGCCCAACUCCGCGUCCACGCUGUCGUCGUCCCUCGGCGGCGGCGCGGCUGACUCCACCGGCGUGGCGGCGGUUUCCGAGAGCAGCGCCGGCGACGCCGAGGCCACCAAAUGGGCCGACCACGCCGCCGGUGGAGGUGGUGGUGGGUGUGAGCUGCCGCCCAUUCCUGGGGCGCUGGAUGGAGGGGAGGGCUGGGACGCCAUGCUCGGCAGCGCCGCGGCGGCCGCGGCGGCCGGGCAGGACCAGACCUUCUUGAACUGGAUCAUGGGGGCCGCCGGCGACCUGGAGCUGCCCGUCCCGCCGCUUCCAAUGCAUCAGCAGCCGCUCGUCGACAAUGCGGGCGGCUUCGGAUUCUCGGCCGUCGACCCGCUCGGCUUCUCGCUCGACCACCACCUCGGCGGCGCCUCCUCCGACCUGUCGUCCUCCGGCGCCAUGUCGCACACCACCACCGGCGGGGGUGGCGGUGGCGGCAGCAAGGCCUCCUCGGCUUUCGGCCUCUUCUCACCGGAGGCCGCCUCUCUCCAGCCCCCGCCGCCUCCGAUUCUGUUCCACGAAGGUAUCGACACCAAGCCCCCUCUCCUCGGACCGCAGUCGCAUGGCCUCUUCAACCAGUACCAGCAACAGCACCAACCGCCGCCUCCCGCCGCAGCCUUCUUCAUGCCCCUCGCUUCCUUCUCCGAUCACAACCAGCGCUCGCAACUCCACCAGCCACCGCCCAAACGCCACCACUCCGUUCCAGACGACCUCUACCUCACCCGAAACCACCUGGGCACGUCGGCGGCGGCGGCCUUUCCCCUGCUACAUGGCUCACUCCCGUUCCAGCUCCAGCCUUCGCCGCCCCCGCUUCGCGGGGCGAUGAAGACGACGGCUGCCGAGGCGGCGCAGCAGCAGCUGCUGGACGAGCUGGCUGCGGCGGCAAAGGCAGCUGAGGCCGGUAAUUCCACUGGCGCGCGUGAGAUAUUGGCGCGGCUCAAUCACCAGCUUCCCCCACUUGGGAAGCCCUUCCUCCGGUCGGCUUCCUAUCUCAGGGAGGCCCUCCUCCUCGCGCUCGCCGAUGGACACCACGGCGCCUCCCGCAUCACCUCACCGCUCGACGUCGCCCUCAAGCUGGCGGCCUACAAGUCCUUCUCCGACCUGUCGCCCAUGCUGCAGUUCGCUAACUUCACGGCCACGCAGGCGCUUCUCGACGAAAUCGCCUGCAGCGCCGCUUCCUGCAUCCAUGUCAUUGACUUCGAUCUUGGUGUAGGCGGGCAGUGGGCUUCCUUCUUGCAGGAGCUUGCUCAUCGCCGUGGUACUGGCGGCGUGGCUUUGCCGUUGCUGAAGCUGACGGCCUUCGUUUCAGAUGCUUCUCACCAUCCACUGGAGCUUCAUCUUACUCAGGAUAACCUCACGCAGUUUGCUGCUGAUCUUGGAAUUCCCUUCGAGUUCAAUGCCGUCAGUCUUGAUGCCUUCAGUCCGGCUGAGCUCAUUUCUUCUACUGGCGACGAAAUUGUAGCUGUGAGCCUCCCAGUUGGUUGCUCUGCUCGUGCACCACCGCUGGCUGUAAUCCUUCGGUUGGUGAAACAGCUUGGUCCUAAGAUUGUGGUCGCCAUGGACUAUGGAGCUGAUCGUGCUGACCUCCCGUUCUCACAGCACUUCCUGCAUUGCUUUCAAUCCUGCAUGUUCCUCCUUGACUCGCUUGAUGCUGCUGGAAUUGACGCCGAUUCUGCCUGUAAGAUCGAGAAGUUUCUGAUCCAACCAAGAGUCGAAGACGCGGUGCUUGGGCGGCGCAAGACCGACAAAGCAGUUUCAUGGCGGAAUGUGUUUGCUGCUGCUGGCUUCACACCUGUGCCGCUCAGCAAUCUUGCCGAGGCACAGGCCGACUGCCUCUUGAAGCGGGUGCAGGUCCGAGGGUUCCACGUCGAGAAACGCGGGGUUGCGCUCACUCUCUAUUGGCAGCGUGGCGAGCUUGUAUCAGUAUCAGCCUGGCGGUGCUGA